CGCCGCUGCCGCCACCGAACAGCUGCGAUACCAAUCGACACAAAGAACCGAGAAAUCCCAUCCGCCCGAAGAGAGCUCGCCGGAGAGAUGGAUCCAGAUACAGUGGCGAAGGCGUUCGUCGAACACUACUACUCGACCUUCGACACGAAUCGGGCCGGGCUCGUCGGGUUGUACCAGGAUGGUUCCAUGUUGACGUUCGAGGGCCAGAAGAUUCAGGGGGCGCAGAACAUCGCCGCCAAGCUCACGAGCCUUCCUUUCGAGCAGUGCAAGCACUCCAUCACCACCGUCGAUUGCCAGCCUUCGGGACCCGCCGGCGGGAUGGUCGUGUUUGUCAGCGGGAAUCUGCAAUUGGCAGGAGAGCAGCACCCGCUCAAGUUCAGUCAGGUAAUGUUUCACUUGAUGCCAACUCAAGGAAGUUUCUUUGUGUUCAACGAUAUCUUCCGUUUGAACUACGCAUGAAGACAAUGAAAGAUCCCUUACGUAAGACGAGAGUCCUGUUAUUAUGGAUUGUGGUCAUCUUUUGCUUGAAGACAAGAGAAUGGUGUAUUUGCUUCCGUUUCCGCCUUCAAAUGUUGUUUUUGUUUAAUUUUCAAUCCACCAUGGAACUUUAGCUGGUUUGGAUUUUGGUAUGCAGAUUUGAUGAUACUUGAUAGAAUUGUAAAAGCCAUUGUACUAUCCCCUCUGAAACGGUUGGCUUUUAAGCUGGAAGAGUAGAUGUACGUGGAAUAUUGUUUUCUUCUUGUUCUACUUGUGGAGAGUCGCUGAAUGGGUUUCUUUAUUCUCCCUUUUGUCUUGCCUUAAGAGGUUUAUCUUGGUGAGCUCGUUGUGAAGCUUGAAAAUUAUAGCUAUUUAGUGACAUUGUUUAGCUGAGUGAAUUUGUUUAGAGAAAGUGGAAAAGAAACAGAAUUUGUCUUAUGUAGA